AUGAAGACUAACAAGGAAACAAUAAAGAAAAAUCUGGUCAGGGAGUUGGCCAUAAAGAUGAAAAACAAACAGUCCAAAACUGAUAAAGGUUCUCCAUCUGCAGAACCAUCCCUUCCAACUGAAAGUGCUUCACUCACUUCAAAGCUGCAACCCCCAACUCAAACCAAGUCCCCGACUCCAUCUAUUUCACCUGGAAGUAGGCGAUCAUCACAAAGGAACAAGAAGUUAGAACCAAGUGCUGCUGUUUCUUCUCUAACUAAAUGUGCAACAACUCCAAAGCGUCGUCUACAACCUGAAAGUGCUGAAAUGUCAUCACCAACUACAAAGAGACAGGCUACUAGGAAGAAGAAUGUGCAAUCUGAAAGUGCUCAACAUUCACAGACCACAACUACAAAGUCCCAAUCAAAAAGCUCUGAAGGAGAUACUGAAAAAUCUGGAGUGGGGCGAAAAAAUGUAAAGCGAAAACUUGACACAAGCAGCACAGGCCCAUGUCUGAAUGUUCAACUUAGGGAUCCACACGACACUCUCGCAGAUUUUCAAGAUGAAGAAGAAGAAGAGGAAGAGGAGGAGGAAGCUGUGGAAGAGGAUAACUCUGAUCAUGUGGAGCCUGAUGUGGAAGAAGAGAAUGAUAAUGAACCGAUUCAUUGUGCCUGA